AUGACAAGCAAAGCUCGUGCCAAAUCAACAAAUAUUAAUACUCCUGCUGGUACUAAUAAAAAAACAGAUUCAGCGGAACCAUAUCAUUGUAAAGGAAAAUUCUUAGAAGAUUUUGAAGCACUAUGUCGACAAGCACAAAUUUCAUUUGUUGUACCAGUUGUGCCAAGAGCACGUCCACCAGGAACUCCAAUGGCAACAUCAUCUGCAAGUGAUGCCAAAGAUAAAGCAGCACCUAAAGCAGCUAAAGGUGCAGCAGCAAAUAAAGAACGUGAAGCUGCUAUGAUUCAACAGCAACAACAACAGCAACAAAAUAGUGAAGCUGAUGCAGGAGAAUCUUCUCGUGAAGAACCUUUACCAAAAACUUAUUCACUUCGUGAUCAUCUAGAAUAUUUUAAACCAAAAAUUCAACUUGAAAUGGAUAAUCCAGAUAAACAAGAUACUCUUACUGAAAUUCAUAUUCAUGCAUGGAAAAUUGAUCGUCCAAUUUUAGAUAUAUUUGCUCAAUCAUUUCCUACACUUGAACGUUUACAUACUCUUAAUUUUUGGCAUACUGGUUUCACAGAUGAUACACUUAAACAAUUAGCUACUUUUCUGCCCAAAUGUCCUAAUAUUCGUACACUUAUACUCGAUGCUAAUCCCAUACCAUUAGAACGUUAUGAAGUUCUUUUAACUGAUGAAAAUUCUCCAAUAGUAAAUUUAUCACUUCGACAUUGUCGAAUAACUGAACGUGGUGCUGCUUCAAUAGCUCAAGGUUUAGGAAAUGAACGUCGACAAAAUAAAAAAUUACAAACAUUAAAUUUAGCUUAUAAUUCUAUAGGUGAUAAUGGUGCUGAAUCUAUUGCAUGUAGUUUAAAAUUUAAUCGUACUUUACUUGUAUUAAAUUUAAGUUCAAAUGAUAUUAGUGAUAAUGGUGCACAAAAAUUAUCUGAAGUUUUAAGUAAAUUUCCAUUAACACAAGAAGAAUUAGUUUAUCGAAGAAAACUAAUACUUUUUUCAUCGACAAAUGAAAGUGGAGCAGGUGCUCAUUCAGCUAGACGUGGUGAUAGACGUACUUCAUUUAAUUCAAGUCCAACAGGAGUGUCAAGAAAAAAAUCUGGACUUGCUGCAGCCACAUUACCAGCAAAAUCGAAAGGUGCUGCAGCUGCAACCGGUGGAAAAGCUGAUACAAAAGAAGCAGCUAAACCUGUGAAAAAAGAUGAUAAAGCCGCGAAAAAAACUGCGACAAUUGCUGAAUCAAAACCAGCUAAAGGUGGUGGUGGUAAAGCAACUAGUGACAAAAUGGCUAAAACACUUGGCAAUCCAAAAGGUGCAAAUGCAGGUGCUGGAAAUCGUUCAGCAACACAAAGUGAAACUGAUUAUUAUGAUGAGUUUAAUAUUGGUGAAGGAAUACCAUUACUUGAUCAAAAUGCUGAAUUGAUAGACGAUGAUCUUGUUUUACCAGGAAAUAGAUGUUUACUUAGUUUAAAUUUAACAAAAAAUCGAAUAUCUGCUUCGGGUGUUCAACAAUUUCUUCAAGCAGUUCAAUAUCAAGAAAUGUUUAUAAAAUUAAAUUAUUCAUCACGAAAUUCAUCAUCAACAGGAGCACCUAUUAUUCCAAGUCAAGGUCUUCUUCGACUUGAAUUACAACGAAAUGAUUUUGUUACAACAGAAUGUGAAGCAUAUGAUAAAAUUCAAACAUUAUUAAAAAAUCGUCGUGAACCUAUUUUUAAAAGUAAAGAACCUGAAGAAACACCAACCAGUGGAAGAGAUACAGCUGGAGCUUCACAUUCAAAGACACGUGCAGGUGGCAAACAUUGA